AUGUCAGAGAAGUUAAAUAGUCAAGUGACUCCACCUGUCAGUCAUAUUUCAUUCAAUGCAAAAUACAUAUCCUAUGCACACACAUUGUUUGCAAGUCUGUCGUUCCUUGCAGCAUUGGCCGUAGGAUGUUACUUGCAUUAUUAUAAAAUUGUCCAGAACGCCUCAUUUGGAUACCCUGACGAAUGGUUCCCCAGUGUUUCAGCAACUAUUGGUGAUAGAUACCCUGAGAGAUCAGUGUUUCAAAUUGUAAUUGCAAUGACUGCAGGUCCAAGAUUUUUGCUACUUGCAUUCAACUUUCUCAGCUUGUAUAAAGCUAAUUCAUACUUGCCCUAUGUUGCACUCACUUCUGGGGUUUUAAGAACAUUGACUGCAGGUGGCUGGAUGUACAUCACAUCAACCGAUGAUCAUGAUGCACAUGAUGUAUUUAUGAUUGGCUAUAUUGUUUUGACAAUACCGUGGGAUAUGUGUACAACUUUGUUAUCAGAAAAGGGCUCCUUUCAAAGAAAAGCUAGAUUUUACACGGGUAUCAGCUUCUUCGGUACAUUGGUUCCGUUGAUUUAUUGGUUCAUUCAGCAUAAAGUUCACGUACGACCUGGCGCUUACUCAGUAUAUGCUUAUUUCGAGUGGUCACUUAUCAUGUUGGAUAUUCUUUUCGAUGCUUGGUCAGCACUAGAUUAUAGGGACAUUGAUGUGUCCAUUUCAGGUGAAGGAUUGAAAUUGAUUUCGGGACAAAAAAAAAAGUCCGUUCAAGUGACCCAUACAAAAUAUGCUAAACCGGAAAAUGGGGAAGAGUUUUCUAACGUUGAAGUUGUCUCCAAUUUGAUAAAUUCGUACAUGUAUUGGACAGUUUUGACAUCUUUAUUUUUAUGUGUUUGGUAUUUCCCAUUGUGGUAUAUGGGUAUAUCCGGAUAUGAAGCAGUCGUUGUAUCUAUAUUUUUGUCCCCAUUGGUGUUGUUUCCACGAAGCUUGAGAGUUUAUCUUGCUCAGAAUCCACAAUUUACAAGAUCGUUGACAGUGAUUUGUGGAAUUGGUGCAUACAAAUUUGAAGACCCAGAACAAAAAUUAUUAGCCAUAACUGCAGGAACUGUGUUCGGUAUUAUAUCAAUCGUGAAUGAGUUUUGGGCAUUGUCAAAGUAUCCAAAAAAAUUGAGCUCUUUUAUUGCAACUAUAAUGUUGGGGCUUUUAGCUACAUCAACUUUCAAAUUCUUGUUUUAUUCAAACAAUCCCAUAUGGCCAAUUAUGCAUAAGGAAAAUGGUGGAUAUAAUCCAUUAGGAAUAUUCAUUGGAUUACUUGGAGCUUUCUUCACCCCCACAUUGCAAAAAGAUGUAUUAAUCAGUGCGAAGACUCCGGAGAAAGUUGGUGGAUCUCUUUUUCUAGGUGCAAUUGGAUUUGGUGGGUACUAUUUUGCGUUACAAGCGUUGUUGUCAGACUCUGGCACAUUGGCCCUUUGGACCUGGGAGGGGUUCCCAAUAAGAGGACCCACUCCAGUAACUGGUGCAUUUCCUCAUGUCUUGACAUUUGCGAUCGCUCUUCUCAUAACAUUAAAAGUGCAUCCAAAUGUUUUUAGUAGUUGGGGUUACAACAUCCUCGUUGGAGGAGGAAGUGCAUUUGCAUUUUACUUUUUAAAACAUUGGGUGGGAUAUGUUGGUACUUUGGUUUUCGUGUUCUACAUUGUUUCUAUUGGUCCACUUAUUUUGCAUUCAAUUACAGAUUACAAUCCAGCAGGUGUGUUUUUCCUUGGAUAUUUUUUAAACAUUGUAAUUUCAUUAGCCAGUGUUUGGAUUGUAGCAUAUGCAUUUGUUCCGGGUGGUCCGUUGUUGAGGGAAAGAACCGACAUUGUGUUGUCUACGGCUGUUCUUCUGAUUUUUGCUGGUGUUGCGAACUACAACUUGAGAAAGAGUGCAAUUUCAAAGAUCAAUUUCUACAGCAACAAAACUUUCAAACAAGUAUCAACAAUCAUCACCGUGCUACUAGCUUUGGCUUUGACUACAAGCAUCAAAAGAUGGCCUACUGGAUUGGGUAAGCCCUACCAUCCGGAGACAGAAACAUUUACCGCUGGAAUUUGGUGUGUUCAUUUCGGUUUGGAUAACGACAUGUGGUCAUCAGAAACAAGAAUGAGAGAUCUUAUAAAAGACGCUGAAUUAGACAUUAUUGGGCUUUUGGAAACAGACACUCAACGAUUAAUUGGUGGAAAUAGAGACUUUACGCAAAAGAUUGCUGAAGAUUUAGGAAUGUAUGUUGAUUAUGGUCCGGGCCCAAACAAACACACUUGGGGAGCAGCAUUAUUAUCUAAAUUCCCAAUCAUACAAUCAACACAUCAUCUUUUGCCUUCGCCCGUUGGUGAGUUAGCACCUGCUAUACAUGCGACAUUGGACAUUUAUGGCAACUUGGUUGAUGUUGUAGUUUUCCAUUCGGGUCAAGAAGAAGAUGUUGAGGAUCGUAGGCUACAGAGUUUGGGCAUUGAGGAAAUCAUGGCCAAUUCUGAAAGACCAUUAGUUUUGUUGAGUUAUUUGGUUACUGAUCCAUUAGUUGGCAAUUACCAUACCUAUGUAUCGGAAAAGUCAAGAAUGCAUGAUAUUGAUUCAACUGAUUGGGAUCGAUGGUGUGAAUAUAUUCUUUUCCGAGACUUGAGAAAGAUUGCGUAUGCAAGAAUUUCAAGGUCAACAAUUACCGAUACUGAAUUGCAAAUUGCUAAAUUUGGAUUCGGUGAAUUUGAAAAUCAUGAUUAUCAUUUUGUUAACGAGGAUGAAGUUGAUGAAAAUUUGAGAAUGCCACAAAUUUUUAGAGGUGAUGGAGUGAGAGGGCAUAGGUACCAUGUUUUCGAUGAACCGAGGUAUUUUGCUCCAGGAUUAUAG